UUAUCCAAUCAGCGCACCCCUGGCUGAACUGCAUAGGAUGUUAGCGCCUUGAUGCUUUAGUAUCACAUACGCGUGGAAACUGUUCGAUAAAGGACUUAUGAAUCUACAUCAGCUGCUGUGACCUCAAAAUGUAUACAUAACGAUCACCCGUCGUUUUUCUCACGAGUUACUGAAGCAUGUGACCCAAUUUAUGUGUGUAUAUCUGUCAACUUCAGGCAGCUGAGCCACGUGAUUGUUUGGGAGAAUAAUUCGUCUGCUACUGCGAGAGAGUUACAUAAACAGUAGCACGUGGGGGCUACGAACGCCUUCACCGAGACGGGCAAUGAGCUCGCGAAGAUCGAUAGUAUAUACCUGUAUUAGAAUACUUGAGGAGGAACGCUGUUUUAAGUUUUGUGUCACACGAAGGAAAGAUCCAUCGCCAGUCACAGUACACGUCUGCUAACAGAUUAAUAUCACGGGAGACACGCACCGAGCAUGACAGUGCCCCGAGGCAGACGACACCAGUGGACAGUUGCAACAAGUGCACUUCCAUGUCAUGAAGAGAGGGGCGAUGUGAGUAAACUGUUUGAAGAUAAUUGAACCAAAUUGACGAGGACAAUCGCCGUCACUUCCUGGGAAGCCAACGGAGCUAGUGUUAUGCGGACUUUGCUUACCGUGGUCGUGAAGUAAUUACUGGUGAACUCGAUUUUGAUGGGAACGCGCCUAACUUGUUGCGUGGAUAGGAUUGUUGGAACGUAAAAAGAAUGGGAAAUGUCGCCGAAGAGGUCUUUCCCAAAAAUGUUUUAGUCGGUCGCAGCUUAAUGUCAUGAAAAAGGGUGUUCAUUGAGGAACCAGGUGAUGCCUUGUGUUAAAUAGGCCAGACCGCUUCUUGUGUGUGGCAUUCCCAGGCAUAUUCUCCAAGUGGAAAAAGUAGGAUUGAGUUUCUUGUGACCACCCUGGCAUGUGGUGCUGCAAUUUGGGAGAAAGCUGUGACUGCGAAACGGGUUAUGGGAAGAAAUAGCUUGUGUCAGAAGCAAAGAUAUGGAUACCUUGAAGUCAUAUUUCAGUCGAAUUUUCCCCCCAAAUUCUACUGGAAGAAGGGGUAGUUUGAAGAACCGUAGUCGAGGUGGUAAAUCUCAGUAUGAUUUUAGAAAAGGGACCCUCCCGGCACGCGCAGCGUCCACAUCUCAGGUGGAGACGGAUGACGAUAUGGAUUUACCCAGGGACAGACGAAUUGCGACGUUCAUGUCGGAAUCCAGGAAUAAAGAACUCUCCAAAUCUCCCCCUCCUACUAAACCCCCUCGAAAGGAUCAGAUUUUCUGUGUAGAAUUUUACCAGCCGAGGGGCAAGGAAUUGGGCAUCGUUAUCGACAGUGUGCCCAUUGUUUUUGCGCGUCCAAGAACAGCCAGCGAUAGUGGGAAUGAAAGUUAUAGGUCUAGCAAUGGUGUUAUGGCGCCUACAGUCAGCUCCACCCAGACCUCGGCAUUCCGGGUUGUAUUAAUUAAACCUGGAAGUUUGGCGUAUGCUGACGGUCGAAUUAAGAUAAAUGACGAAAUAAUUGAUAUCAACGGAAGAUCACUCUUAAAGGAGACUCUAGAAUCCGUGAGGGUACUGAUGUGCAAUGCAAUUCGAUCAGGACGUGUUGUGAUGACUAUCCGACGCCGCAGAAAGAGGCCUGCACCUCCCCCUCCUCUGCCGAUUAGACACACACCCUCUCUCCAGGACAUGCCCUCAAAACCUACAGGUGUGACUGGCCCCUACUCUCAUGGAAUCUCCCAGUCUUUCACCUGCCUCCCUACAGAGUGUAGUAGUGACAAUGGUGGAUAUGCUAAUGGUGGUAUACUUCUCAACAGCAAUCUGUGUACCUCAAACAAUGAGCUUAGCAUCUCCUCAGACGACGUCUUUGCUGAUUCCUCAACUCCAGAUGAUAAAAUAAUUUAUGUGAAUUUACCUCAAAGUAGAUAUCUAAAUGGUAGGCUGAACCACAACAUUCGGAGGCCUGCUGCAUCUGUUGAUAAUGUUGAUUGUUAUGAUGGCUGUGGACAGAGGACUCAAAGCACAUCUGCUGUUGAAGAUGUGGUUAAUUGGUCUGCUGAUCCAAGAGCAAAAGGACAUAUGACCAAUGGGCAUGAAAUCAUGGACCUUCAGCGCCAAAGUUCCACAUCUACCCUGGUGCCAGACAGUAGUAUGUAUGGUGGCAGCACAGACUCUCUGAUCAUGCCACAGUACCAACAGCGCCAACAUAAUGGCAAUGUGACACCAAUCAGACGAUUGGUGGAACGUAACCUUCUGAAGAACUCCGGACUAUACAACCGAUCUGACUGUGCAUCACCCUCCUCAGGGAGCCUCUGUAGCUGCAACUCUGAAGGUGGCAGUAACAAGUCUUCCCCUUCAUCAGUGGGCAAGCGUCGCCUCAUUGCCAAGUUACACCUCUUGAAGGAUGGGAAUGGUCUGGGCAUCCACAUUGCUGGUGGUAAAGGGUCCAAGAAAGGAGACAUUGGCAUCUUCGUGGCAGGGAUCACAGAGUCUGGCGCUGCUCACAGAGAUGGUCGGCUGAAACGGGGAGACGAGCUGCUUAUGAUCAAUGGAGUGAGUCUAAUUGGGAUGACGCAUCAGGAGGCUGUUGACUGUCUGCGAACAGCACCCAGACUGGUACAGCUGGUUGUGGCCUCCAAGAUCCGUAAAUCAGCAUCGAUAGCCUCAACGUUGUCAUCCCAGUUUCCAGGAAGUCCAAGAGUUCUGUCCCCUGUUCCACAGUCAACCAGUCCUGUCUUCCAAUCAGAAACCCCAGCUCCUGUGCCAGAGGUCAUCGCGCAGACUCCAUCAGGGACUGUGUUAAAAUGGGAGGAAAUGUUUGAUAAGUUCUCCAGGCCUGGACAGAAUUCCCAAUCACCUGAUAAAUAUCGAUUCCCAAAGUUUGGUCCAGAGCAGAUAUUAACUGUGAACAAAGGUGCCAAGGGGAAGGGUCUGGGAUUUAGCAUUGUGGGAGGAACCGACUCCCCCCGAGGGAGAAUGGGGAUCAUUGUACGGAGGAUAUUUCCCAACGGUGUCAUCGCAGAAGAUGGCAGGCUCAGAGAAGGUGAUGAGAUUGUUGAGCUGAAUGGAGCCCCACUGCAGGGCCUGACACACAAGGAUGUUCUGUCCAAGUUCCGCUCUCUCAGGAAGGGCCUGGUGAGACUUGUGUAUAGGAGCAGGCUCUCCUCACCAAGCUCUAGCCCCCACCUGUCGCCGAGCGCCUCCCCCCGAGAGUCUCCUGAAGGUAGUCCUGUCUCCACCCCUGGGCACUCCCCGCGUCACACUCCCUGCAACAGCAUCUCUGACCCCUCGGUCUUCGGCAUUCUUCCCAACAGCAGCCUACCACCUCUGUCCCCACUGGACAAGGCAUCAAUUCUCACACCAGGACUGGUGUCCCCGUUUUCAUUUACAGAUCGAACACAGACAUUGCCACAUAAUCUAAGAACGCCUGGAAUCAGGACCAAUUUGUUCCCCACGUCCCCCAUUUUGCACUCACAUGGAGAUAGAACCAACUUUACCAUAUCGGGACAUAACACAAACUUUAUGCAAAGGGAGGCAACUCAUACUUCAUAUAUGGGGCAAGAAGUCUCUCAGCAGAAGUAUACUAGCACGGAGCUAGGCCUUUCAUCUCAUAGAGGAAUGGCAAAUGCCCAAUUCCGAACUUUACAAAGUACAAAUCAAGGAAUAAACUUUAUGUCAGUCGUUCAGAAACUGGAGUAUUCUCAAAGUCGAGUGAGCUCUACUAUGGGUUCAGAGAAUGGAUUCCUGUCUAAUGGUAGUGUGCUGAAGUUAACAAGUGAAAUUGGCAGUAACAAUCGAAUCUUUGAAGUGGAUCUUCAGAAAGAAUGUGGAUUGAGUUUGGGCAUCAAUGUGGUGAGGAAGACGAUUGGCGGCAUCAGUAACAUCUACGUUCAGGACAUCACCCACAACUCCCAGGCCGAGAGGGAGGGGCAGCUCAGGAAGGGAGACCUGUUGGUGCGAGUCAAUGGAAAGCCGAUGCAUGAACUUACCCUGUUGGAUGCCUACCAGCUGUUCCGCAAUCUGCCACCAGGGCCUGUUGUCAUCUUCGCACAGAGAGAUGACAAGAGCCUGUCUCAGUCGGAGUCAUCUGACGCCUCUACCGUGACAGAUGUCAGUGCUGAAAGCAAGAAAUUGGAAAAUAAAAAAAUGAAGUCUAAUGUGUCCUAGGUGACGUGACCUUUGUUGACUCACUUCCUGUCUAGUGACGUCUGGGACAUCAUCCACGGUCUUUCUCAUAUGGUGACCAUGAAACCAAGUGGGACAAGUGGCUUCAUGAAGUUAAAGUGGAAACCAUUGUUGUUAAAAAACUUUCACUGUUCUUGUAUGAAUCAUCUUGUUUGUUCUGUUGCGUGACUUUGUACCAACGGCAGUGCGUUACUAGUGUUUGAUCAGUUACAUGUAUGAGUAAUGGCUGAAUGUCGCUAAGGGCAGAUUGACAAAAAGUGGUUUCAAACUGUUAAGUUUGUUCAACUAUAUUUUUCAAAUAGUAAUAUAAUAAUAACAUGUUUUUUAAUUGGUGUUCAAUGUGUUUGUUCCAUGUUGAAUUUGAAAACUUCUACAAUUUACUUGUGAACUUAAUAUAGUCCACUAAAAAAGCUCAAACGAGAAUACAAUUUUGAGACUGGGUACUAAUAAAUAUUCUGUUCAUGUGAAUAAGCUUCAAUGUAUUUUUUUAAUUACGUAAUUUUAAUGUAACAGAAGUGAUGUAAUGAUAUGCCUUAGUCGGCUGUAUGGAUAAAGAAGGGGAUGCAGUGUAUAAGGGUUUGUGCUAUGCACAUAGAAUUCAUGUACAAGGACAAGGUCAGCUGUAUGGAUAAAGAAGGGGAUGCAGUUUAUAAGGGUUUGUGCUAUGCACGUAGAAUUCAUGUACAGGUACAAGGUCAGCUGUAUGGAUAAAGAAGGGGAUGCAGUUUAUAAGGGUUUGUGCUAUGCACAUAGAAUUCAUGUACAGGUACAAGGUCAGCUGUAUGGAUAAAGAAGGGGAUGCAGUUUAUAAGGGUUUGUGCUAUGCACAUAGAAUUCAUGUACAGGGACAAGGUCAGCUGUAUGGAUAAAGAAGGGGAUGCAGUUUAUAAGGGUUUGUGCUAUGCACGUAGAAUUCAUGUACAGGUACAAGGUCAGCUGUAUGGAUAAAGAAGGGGAUGCAGUUUAUAAGGGUUUGUGCUAUGCACAUAGAAUUCAUGUACAGGGACAAGGUCAGCUGUAUGGAUAAAGAAGGGGAUGCAGUUUACAAGGGUUUGUGCUAUGCACAUAGAAUUCAUGUACAGGGACAAGGUCAGCUGUCACCCAGGGGGAGAUGGCAUGUUAGUGUUUGGUCACUCGUGACUGAUAAUAAAUUAUGUCAGUAAUCGCAAACAGUCUCUCUGAUAUCACAAGACUGUGGUUUAGCCUUAUGGAGCUGGUGAAAGAAAGCAUUGUAAAGAAUCUGUCAUUUAUUACAGGCAACUUUUAGUAAGAGUUGCCUCCCUUCUACUGUUCAUCUGUUGGAAAAUUAGCUAUAAAUAAUUUCAUGACCACAUUCUGUUAUAACUUUUCGAGUAAGAAAAUAUCAUCUACAAAACAGAUUACAGGUUUAUCUAAAUGAAAAAGAGAGACAAUGAUACAUAGUAACUGCCAUUUAUUUUAACUGACAUGUUUAUUUAAUAUCAAAUCUGCAAUAUUAGAGCAAUGAUAAGUCUUUGAAUGUUUUUGUUCAUAUUUAUGAGAGAUGUUGUGGGCAACAAAUACUCACUACCCAAUUUAGCUCACCUGUCAGAAAGUCAAGUGAGUUUGUGUUAUGGCAUGUUUGCCCAGUGUCCGAUGUAAACAUCUUCUCCCCAGACACCACCAGACCAAUGAAGCUGAAACUUCACAUUCUUGUUCAUUGAAUGAUGACACCCAAAUUUGGUCAAGAGGUUCAAAUCAGAUAUUCAGUAUGACUGCCAUGGCAGCCAUGUGAAAAAAAUUAAUUUUGGCCAUUACUCCGCAAUAUGGAAUGAAAUUAAGUAUAUUUGUGGUUGGUAGUGUUAAUGUCAAUGCUGACAGCAACAUUUUGUACGUGUCUGUCUUUGUUGGCAUUUUAAACUGUUGACUGCAUAUCCAGGUGAGCUUCAGCACAGUGGCACUAUUUUACAAGAUUUUAAGCUGCCAUGACAUAAUAUUAGCUCACACACCUCGACAAAGAUUGGUCAUGUUACUCAAAGUACCAUUAACCAUCUGCAACAUUUGUAUGCUCCCUGACUACAGACAUUCUUACUGGUCAGAAUUAUGUAAAUUGUACCUUAUCCAUGAGAAGAGUAAAUGUAAAUUUAUGAAGACCUUUUUGGGACAGAAUAUAUUGUAUCACUAUUGAUGGGGUGAUUGUUGUGACCUGACUGGUUGUGUAUUUCUUCGUACACAGACAAGGUGAAUCGCUGCUACUGCUAUUCUUCAUUGGUUUGACUGACCCAGACACGUACAGGGCACUGUCCCACAAAGCAAUCCUAGCACUACGACUAUCGUAAGCCAGUGUUAAAAGUAUGGGAGUUACGAUCACCUUAGCGCUAAGAUGGCUUUGUGGAACGGGGCCCUGGCCACCAUGAUAUGUCUGUAAUGUUGCUGAGUGUAGCACUUAAAAUUAGUGCAAACAUAUUCCAUUCACACGAAGGAAUUGAAUUGGGAACAAGUUAUGCAACAAUAUUUUUGAAUACAAUACAAAGUGUAGCACUAUGAAGCAGUACCCCACUCAUACGUUCUCUGUUACACCAGAGACUGUAUCAGCAUAUGGUCUUUGGUUACUCCAAUCAUACAAGUUUCUAACAAUGACAGGUAGAUGGGAAAUAAAUAAGUUGACGAAACAUUCUUAGUACAAGUGUUGUUUUAUGCACUUAUAGUUAGAAGUGUUUUCCAGCUACAUGUACAUGGCUACAGUUUGAGUGGUGUGGUUUAGGUGAAUGUGUGGCUUGUGUGUAGACACUAGGCUGUAUAUUAGGAAAGCACUGGCAUAGGUAAGUCAGUGUUUCCUAUCAAUGCUUUUCAGAAAUGUUUGUAAAAUGAGCAGCAGUUCAGAUAGUUAUUUUACCACUAAUAGUUUAGGUGAUCAUGAUGAGAUGAGGAACUUCACAUGUAUCCCUGAUUGACAUUCCUACAUUAAGAUAUGACCAAUAUAGAUACAAACUGUGGUUAAUCAGUAACAAAAACAAAUCUUAUCUAAUAAGAGACAGAUGGCCUAUGUGAAAUUAUGUCAUGACCUGUCUUGUGACACUUGCAUACAUACCUCUCCAUCAUUCUGAAACUGAUCACAGACCUAUUCUGUCUGAAUAUAUAAUAUAUAAUCCAGGCAAUAUUUUAGAACGGAUGACAGACUUCAGAUUGGAAAGUGAUGAUAAUAGUAUUUUGACUAAAUUACUAAGCCAGUGUCCUAAAUUUUGUGUUCAUUGUCAUAUAUAUUUACUUAUUUUUGUUGAAAUGGACUUCUGAAAAUGAAAAGUGGAAAUAAUAGAAUAUUGCUUUCAAUUCCACAACAGUUCCAUGUUUAACACAAAGUAAAUCCAGUCGUGAAAAUCAAAACUUAUAAAAUUUACCAUCAUGGUGGAGAAUGUUGUUCAUUGUUAGAUAAAUAUUAAUUUGGUUAGGACAGAUUGUCAUUGUCAGGGAUAAGAAUCUUCUCCAGAUUUUAUUGACCACAAGUUUGUUAAAAUCUGAUGGCUCCCCCCAUAAACACCCCCAAAUUAUGGACCACGCUCCAUUGCAAAAAAGUUUCAGCUGAAAAAAAAUAUCCAUUCUCAUUCCUGCAUUGUUAUUAUGAGAAUAUGUCUCUGGUAGGUGUUGAUAUUUAUUUACAAUGAUGUUUACUGAAAAUGAUCACAGCUUAUAAGCCUACUGUAUUUAUGAGAAUGUGUGGUUAUGUGUUAAUCCAUACCAAAUACCAUUGUAUUUUGAGUGUCAUUUAAAUCAGUAUUAAUUUAGUACCAGUGUGAACAUUAACAUUGUAUUUUAUGAAUAACUAAUCAGAUUUAUACAUAAUAUAUUUUCUUAAAUCAUUUUUGAAUAUUGUUAGUAAUCAUUAUGUGGAAACAAAUGGAAUGUUUAGGUUUUCAAGAGAAUGAUAUAUAACCAUAAAGUCUGAGGAUUAAUUCCCAUUCUUGCGGUAAUUCUAGCCAUAUAUGCCAAAACACAGGAGGAAAUCAUUUUCAGGGAUGACAGGAUGUUUGAGGCAGGAAAAAUCAAUUCAUUAUUGGGGUAAUUGUUUACAAAUUUGGGUUACCAUUUUAUAAAUGUUUAUUGAUUCUGUGGCUAUUUGCUUUUAUUUGGUAAAACUCCUUCUUAAAUGAAACAAAUUUAGGCUACCAUUUUACUUGACUUUUCCCCUAAAAACACCUCUGAAAUGGAAGUUGACCAAAUAACAACUAGUAAUGGACAAACUUGCAACAUCUCAGAGAAUAGGAUCUUUUAUCUUUACAUUGUCAAAACUUGAAGGGGAACAAGGCUGGGUCAGUUCGUGGCAGUGUUUAGAAUAAGUGCCUGCCUGUAGGUCCAUGGCAGGUAGAUCUCGUGUCGGGCCCAUAGUUUCAAAUUUGUAUGGGAACUUAUGGCCUUCAGUAAAUUUAUGUGCCAAUUUAUUUGUCCCAAUAUGCUGCAGUUUGUUUUUUAAUGAGGGCAUGUCGAGUGUAGUCAGGUCUUGCAGCUUCUAAAGUCUGUGGGUCUUGAUGGCAGCCUGGCUAUUUAUUUUAUUUCAAACACUGAUUGGUGGGCCUCACGAGUUGGAUUCAUAUCUGUCAAAACCUGCAUUGUUUCACCUUUAACUUUGACCUUAAUUUUAUGAUGCAUAUGUAUCGCUCUGGCAGAUAAUGAUUACCUACUUAUACAAACUAUGUCUCAGUUUGACACAAAUCACCAAAUGAGCAUCUAGAUUUAGACUUGAAAUGGCAGGGCCCCUGACCAUGGAACAAUCUCCCUUUAAUGACAGCCUAUAACAAGGUCUGCCCUGAUAUGUACUGCUACGUUAGUAAUGAUCUGUGCAGAACACAAACCAUGAAAUGUGCUGUUUUUGUCUUUAAAGUGUAUGUAAAUUCAGAUGCUACAAAUCCAGAUAUGAUCUUAACCUAUAUGUUGUUUAUCAUAUGUAUUUGUGAUGAUAUAUUUUCAUGCAUGCAAACUAAAUAUGCCAACCUUGCCAAAGCUAUACAAUACAUGUAGCUACAUUGUUACUGUUUGUAUAUCUCCACAAGUGCAAUUCUUUCAGUGUCAGCAGUUUGUGGCAUUUUCAAAUGUAUGCAAUAAAUGUUAAUGUAUUUAUUUAUGAAA